GGGUGGGGGGCCUGGGGUUGUGCAUUCAACCUUUUGGACUAUUAUCAUCAAUCACCCCCGUUUUAAGAUUGAACAGUGUCGCUUCCUUUUAAAAAAAGUUCAAAUUCCUUCCCUGUUGUCGAAAUGACAUGCCCAGCAAAAUGCACAAGGUUAACACAUCGCAUUUCAAACUGAAACUUUCAGUGAAGUCACGCAAUGUCUUCUCGUGCAGGUGAUUUGUGGGCCGAACUUGUAGCUUCCGAGCAGCAGGAGUACGUCAAGCGGCAUGCAAAGCCUACGGAACCUGACAUUUCCGUGAUUUAUCGGAGGAGAAAGCCUCAAACUGACGCUCAGCAAAAUGUAGCAAGAAGGGAUUCAAGCACUAGCUCGGAUAUAGAUAACCAUAUGAGUCUAGCCCCUCCUAAUUGUAUCCCUUGGAGUCGUUCCCUUUCCACCAGAGGGAGGACCAGUAUCGCUGUUGCUGCAUUUGUGGAACCUCAAAGAUGGAAGCCUGGAAGAAAAGCAAAACCACCUCUUCCAAGGGGGAAAGGAGUAGAACGUCCCAAUUUUGAGAAGGAGAAGGCAUACUUUGAAGAGGUGGAUUCUUUUGAAUUAAUGGAGGAAAGCCCCUCUCCUAAGAGACCUAGCACAUGGACCAUGACUAUCCAAUCAAAUCAUGUUGCAAUACCUUGCUUGUCAUCAACAUUGCAGAAGUGGUUGCUCUCUAAGCAAAAUAAUAUUAGUUAUGCACCACCUACUUUACUUCCUAUGAUACUAGAAACGCCAGCAUCACAGAAAGGAUGCAAUCCUUGUAAAUUGUCCAGAUUUUCAAAUCUUAAAGCCUCUGAAGAUGCAUGCAGAGGAUUGCAGUCAGGGUUGUUUUCUUCUGAAGAGGAAUGUCUUGAUUUCACUUCUGAAGAGAUCUCCAAGAAGAAAUCUCCCUCUGAUUCAGAGAAAAGAAUUGAGCAAUUUCAUACUGCUGAGGAUGACACAGAAAGUAUUGAAGAUAAAGUUGGAAAACUAUCAAUGACUUCGCAACCUUCUUCAUUGGAUAGUCACUGUUGGGAUCCCUUUUUGGCUCUGUUAGCAGCAUGUGGGCAGUCCCACCCCUUUACACUGCUAGACGUCAUAUCAAAGUCCUGCAACCCCACGGAUAUCGUCAAGAUUGGUGAAGGAACAUAUGGAGAAGCUUUCAAGGUUGGGGAAGUUGUAUGUAAGAUUGUUCCAUUUGAUGGAGAAUUCCGAGUGAAUGGUGAAAUACAAAAGAAAUCUGAAGAAUUACUUGAGGAAGUCGUACUUUCUGGCACCCUAAAUAGUCUAAGAGGAAAUGGGAAUGACAUGUUGAAUUGCUGUACUUCAUUCAUACAAAUGAUUGACAUGAGGGUAUGCCAAGGUCCAUAUGAUGCUUCUCUGGUAAGAGCAUGGGAAGAUUGGGAAAUGAAGCAGGGCACAUUAAAUGACAACCCCAAGGAGUUUCCAGAUAAGCAAUGCUACCUUGUUUUUGUUCAAGAACAUGGAGGCAAGGAUCUUGAGAGCUUUGUUCUUUUGAACUAUGAUGAAGCUCGGAGUCUGUUAGUUCAGGCCACUUUUGCUUUGGCUGUAGCUGAAGCAGCAUAUGAAUUUGAGCAUCGAGAUUUACACUGGGGAAACAUUCUUUUGACUCGAAAAAGUUCAUCUACUGUGCAAUUCACUCUUGAGGGCAGACAAAUACAUGUGAUAACAUUUGGAUUGCUUAUCUCAAUUAUUGACUUCACUCUCUCAAGGAUAAGCACAGGCGAAGAUGUACUUUUCUUGGACCUAUCACUGGACCCUGAAAUCUUUGAAGGCCCAAAAGGAGAUAAACAGUCAGAAACUUACAGAAAAAUGAGAGAAGUCACUGGAGAUUGCUGGGAAGGAAGUUUCCCCAAGACCAAUGUGUUAUGGCUGCAGUACUUGGUUGACAUUUUGUUGUUGAAGAAAUCAUAUACACGGAAUUCAAAAGACGAGAGGGAGUUACGCUCUUUGAAGAAGCGCUUAAGUAGUUAUGGUUCAGCGAAAGAAGCAACUGCUGAUUGCUUCUUUGCUGACUUGUGUGAUAAUAAAAUUGAUUAAGGAAACAUGGAAGGGGCCAGAGAAAUGAACAGUCUAGUGUUCUUUUUUAAUAUUGUAAAUUUUAGAUUUAAAUUGAAGCUGUUUUUUGUUAGUUGUGUAUGGGAAGCAUAUGUAUAGAUAUAGAUAUGGUCAGGAGGUUCUGACCAGCACCAGUAUCUGUCUAUCCUAAGAUUCUCACACUGCACAUAUUCUUCUUCUGUGUCCUCUUGGCAUUUUAGUGGUUAGACUGUCUCAAAUGCUCUCCCUGUGUACUUGGACUUGGCUUGUCGAAAAUGGGAGGAAACUGGAGGGAAGUAUGGUAGUGAUAUCAUCAUAUCAAUGUGAGUUGCAAUUUCAAAU